AUGGAACCGUCAUCGAGCCAGCCAGAAUUCGAUUACUUGUUCAAGUUGUUGUUGAUUGGAGACUCUGGAGUUGGUAAAAGUAGUCUUCUUUUGAGUUUCACUUCCGAUACAUUCGAGGAUCUUUCUCCUACAAUCGGAGUGGAUUUUAAGGUAAAACAUGUUACCAUUGGAGGAAAAAAGUUGAAGCUUGCUAUUUGGGAUACAGCUGGUCAGGAAAGGUUCAGAACACUAACUAGUUCAUAUUACAGAGGAGCUCAGGGUAUAAUAAUGGCAGUUUAUGAUGUUACACGGCGAGAGACAUUUACGAAUCUAUCUGACAUAUGGGCUAAAGAGAUUGACCUCUAUUCAACAAAUCAAGAUUGCAUUAAGAUGCUUGUCGGCAACAAAGUUGAUAAGGAAAGUGAAAGGGUAGUCACCAAGAAAGAGGGUACUGACUUUGCUAGGGAAUAUGGGUGCCUCUUCAUUGAGUGUAGCGCUAAAACCCGGGUCAAUGUGGAGCAAUGCUUUGAGGAACUUGUUUUGAAGCCACUUAAAUUUGGGUACGGGUACUGUGUGGGUUUGGAUCCUUGUAACUGA